AUGAGGGCUGGCCGUUCAGGCCCGCCUGAAAAAGCCGGAGCAGCUGCAGUUGGGGGUGGCAAAAGUGGUAAUGAUGAAAGUGGUGGUGGCGGGGGCAAAAGUGGUAAUAAUGAAAAUGACGGUGGCGGCGGCGGCGGCGCGCGUACUAAUGGUAGGGGUGAUGGCGGAGCGAAAAAUCUCAACGGCCUUCUUGGGCAAAAACGACGACGCCACCCAGGAGGAAAAGGGAAUGGGCCAAUAUUGGGCCUCAAAUUAGCCUGCGAUCCACGUGGUGACUUAGGCGAUGGGAGCCCAAUGGAAGGACAAAAGGGAAACCAAGGAAAAUUACGAUCAUUAUCGGCCAAAGGGUUUAGAGUACUAGUCAUGGCCCUGGGCCGCCCCGGCCAGCGAGGCGAGCCCAGACACGGAGAGUCGACAAAACUAAGUCCAGCGAUCGAGAGCAGCACCACCAACGGGUUUCAGUCCGGCGACCGACGAGCAGCACCUUCCCCCUGCCCGAACCAGAUUCUGACGAGAGCCACCAGGAGAGUGAAAAGCAGCAUCUCAGGCGACCGGAUAUUUUUUCCGAGUCCCAGCAGCAAUUUCGAGCCGUCCCACCCGAACACCUUUCUUUCUCUAUUUUCACGUGGUGGAUUGGAGCUUCUAUGUGACUCUGUAAAGAUCCAUGAGGUGAAUGUUGACCCACAAGCUGAAGAACAUAAGUUAACCAUGAAACACUUGCUCUCGUGGGUUCGCCACAAUCUGAUCAAGGAAAGACCUGAAAUGUUUAUGAAAGGCGAUACUGUGAGACCCGGAGUUCUCGUGCUCGUAAACGACUGUGAUUGGGAAUUAAGUGGUCAGCUUGACACAGUUUUGGAAGAGAAGGAUACUGUGGUUUUCAUCUCGACUUUACACGGUGGAUAAAAAAACGAAGAUAUUACACAGCAUUGUGAAAUUUGAUGGAAAACGAUUAUGUUGCAUUAAUCAUCAUCUUCCGGGAGCUUCUGGUGAUAUGAUUACUCCCUGAACUCUAUGUUUGUUCUUUCAUAUGUACUGAUCCUAUGUGUAUCCAAUUACAUGAAAGAGUUUAGCUUUGUGUUCAACUAUUUCCCCCCAAUUUCCCUUUCCUUUUCUUUUUUUCUUUUUUUCUCUCUUUUUUCAAGAUCUGUGUAUUUACAAGAAUGUAUAACUUUCAAUGGGCCUUGAUACUAAAGUACCCUGAAUGAAAGGUCGAUAUCAAGAAUGUUUGGCCGAAACUGCAGGCUAGAAAUUUGGUACCUUCCCAAGUCGAUUGUUUUUGACAUAAUUUGUUCUUCUUUUUUUUUUCUCCAGAUUCGUAUCUUUGGAUGGUGACGACGAAUGUGAUGGUUUUAAUUGUUUUUCAUCUCUCUAGCAAUAAUCUAGAGUUGUUAUUUGAAUUUG